AUGACAAACAAAGCUAACAGCAAAGGAAGCAAACUCUCUAGGUACAUGAAGGCACCUUUAAGGUUCAUGAUAAAGGUAAGAGACAUGUACAUCAAUGGCAUGAUCCAAUGUUCUCGUGACUUAGCCUAUGUAGAUCACACCACCAUGGGAUGUCCCACGCAGUUUUACUCUCUUCCAAGGAGCUUCAGUGUUAACUCUACCACUAGCGAUGAGGAUUUCAAGGAGCUUGUGAGGGUCGCGUCGCGUACUAUCAGAGAUGAAAAUCCUGUUGAGGUCGUUUCUCGGAGUCGGAGUGUCGGAAUCGGAAGGAUUGAAGAAGAUAAAGUAUAUGAGUUUGGAGGUGAUGAUGAUAUCAAGGUUAAACCUCUUCUUUUUUCACGAAGUAGAAGUUGUGCCAUUCGCGGCAGUAGAGGAACUAUGCUAUGA